CUAGCUUAUUGUUGCUUAGGCAUUUGUAUCUACAACAAGGUUGGCCCACAGUUUUGUACUAAAUAUGUGUUGUGGUGCAACAGUUCAAAGUAUUAAAUUAGCGCGCGGCGUGAGACAGUUAAAUGCAAUUUCCAACGUCGGCUGGCUGUGAACUGCAACAUACUCCUUCCAACAAUCAGCAACUGGCCCCGGCCCCCUGUCUUUCUCUCUCUCCCUGCCCUCCUUCCCCCUCUCUCUCUGUCUCGUUCCAUCUCUGUCACACUGUCAUUACAUACAGCAUCGUGAAUUGUGUGCGAAUCGAAUGUGAAUUUCCUUUUGAAUCAAAUUCAAAUUGGUCAGCAAUAUGGGCACAAUAUCAUCGGUACUACAAUGGUCGUGCAGCAAAUGCAAUACCAUCAAUCCGACCGAAUCAUUGAAAUGUUAUAAUUGUGGCACCGUGCGCAAGGUAUUCCCGAGUCCUACCGCAACAUUGUACCAGCGUCAGCAGCAUCAGCAACAUUCGUCAUCCCAGCAGCCACCGCGACACCAAAGCACUUGGAUACAUCACCAUCAGCAGCAGCAACAACAGCAGCAUCGACAACGACAGAACGAAAACCAAAUGCUAGACGCAGCAGCAGCAACAACAACAAUAAACAACAAACAGGGACACGUUUACAAAUCGCUGCUGCGCGGAUGUUUAAAGCGUCCGCAACGCAAUAGCCAAAAUUUGCCAGCCAAUUGUAUCGAUUGCGAGGAGACGCGGAAAUAUAUAAAGAGCUCCAUUGAGCUAUAUCGCCAUUUCUCGAAUCCGGCAUUGAAUCGUCGUUGGAUUUGUCGCGCCUGCGAUACGGAUAACAAUUCGGUGACAUGGCAUUGUGUCAUCUGCGAUACGGUUAGCUAUCUGGCGCCCAUAUACAAGGAGACGCUAUGCACGCGACGACAUGAGACGGCGUCGGCCCAAACACCCAUUGUUGGUUCAAUACAGCCGGAGCUAAGCAUCAGCAUUGGCAUUGGCAACAGCAGCGGCAGUGGCAGUGGCUGUGGCGCUGCCGGCAACAGCAUCGAUCAACCGGAUAAGGAUAAGCAUCUAGACCGGGAGCAAUAUUUGCAUCAAUUGGCGGAGCAGCAGCAACAUCAGCAGCAGCAGCAGUCGCUGCCGGAGGACCAGCACAAUCAGCAACAUUCCAAUAGACGUCAUUUGAGGGCGCGCCGUUUUUCCUACUUUCGACGCACCCAGAGCCUGAGCACAUCCUUCGAGAAGAGCUCGUCCUCGGCGCUAACGCAUGCGACAGCCUCAUCAUCAUCGGGCCGCAGCUGUCACAUUUGCUAUGUGAACAAUCUCAGCAAAGAUAUAUUCAAUCUUCCAAUCGACGCCCCACUUAACAACUACCAACAACAGCAAUAUCAGCAGCAGCAGCAGCAGCAACAGCAGCAGCAGUUGCACAAGGGCACUCAGCUAGCACCUAUCGUUGCUGUUGUUGACUCAGUUAAUCGCUUGCCGCCUGUCGCCAGCGCCGCCGCCACCGUUGUCUGUAGCAAUUCGCGCUUUGCCAUUGCCAAUGACACAUUCUGUCGCCGCAAGCAGAACAACAACAAUAAGAACCAAAACAAUAAAUUGCGCGACGGCUGUGCCAAAAAGAAAUACAAUUUCACAAUCACAACGCUAUCAAGAUCGGCCAAGGCAACUGCUGCAGCGGCAAUCGCCACACCAACAGCAACAGCUGCAUCAGCAUCUGGUGCGGCGGCAGCAACAAAACCCAUGCGACAACCGCAUCCCAAGCUGCGGGAGGCCAAUAGCAAUAGCAACAGCAGCGCUCCAAACUUGGAGAGAAACGGUGCGGGGAGUGGAAGUGGAAGUGGCAGUGGAAGCUCACAGUUUACUAUACCGCGUAACGGUGUCUUUAUUGCUGUUAACGAUUGGUCAGAGCCAGCGACGCGCGGCAGCAGCAACAGCACUAACAGCAGCAGCAGCAGCUGCAGUGGCAACAAUCGAAAUCCAAACCAAAGCGCAGCCAACAUGCAGCACUGUGAUACAACAUACAACAAUAACAAUAGCAGUAACAAUAGCAGCAGCAGCAGCAGCAACAAUAUUAAUCACAACAACAACAAUAAUAAUAACUGCAGCAACAAUAGUAGCGGCAGCAGCAAACUGAAUCAGCAACUAUAUGAAAACGAAUGUGUUGCAAUUGCACAGCAGCAACAACUGCAACAACUACAGCAGCAGCAGCAAAUCAAAACUGAACCAAUGGCGCCAAUAUAUGCUCAAGUUAAUAAACAGCACAAGUUGCACAAAAAGAAACUUAGCAACGAUACAGCGGCAGCGACAACAACAACAGCAUUGCAGCUGGGCAACAACAACAGUCACAGCAGCAGCAAUCACAGCAACAACAGCAGCUUUGAUAAUAUCGACAACAGCAUCGAGACAGCAACAGCAGCAGCAACCGCAGCAAUUGAGCACACUGGCAAUGAAUUGAACAACAUGGAACCAGAGUCCAACACAGCAGUAGCAGCAGCAGCAGUAGCAGCAACAGGAGGAGCAACAGUAUCAGCAACAGCAUCAACAACAACAGGACCAUCAGCAGCAACAAUAAGUGAUUUUUAUAAUGCGUCUGAGCAUUCCAUAUACGCCAAGGUGUGGAAGGGACCCCGCAAAACGACUGAAUCGAAAAUCACGCAUGAGGGAUUGCCAGGUGCGUCAGCGAUCCCGGCGAACAGUAGUCGUCUCAUACCGCAAGCGUCGCGCAACGACAAUAAACAGCAACCGAUGAUGUUGCUGCACGGCAGCCGCAAGAUGUGGACAUGCGGCAAAUGUUCCUAUGCCUACAAUCGCCUCUGGUCCGAAUCCUGUGAGAUGUGCGAGACGGUAUCCAAGCAGUACAAAGUACAACAGCAGACCCAACAACAGCAGCCGCAGCCGCAGUCGCAGCCAGCAGUCCCGCGCAGCGAUGAGCCCUGGACAUGCAAGAAGUGCACGCUGGUCAACUACUCAACGGCGAUGGCGUGCAUUGUGUGUGGUGGCUCCAAGCUCAAGAGCAUCUCCUCCAUUGAGGAUAUGACGUUGCGCAAAGGCGAGUUCUGGACGUGUAGCCAUUGCACGCUAAAGAAUUCGCUGGCUGUCGGCUUGUGCAGUGCGUGCAAAUCGAUGCGUUUGCUGCCGGUCGACUCGGUCCGAGAGCGACCCGAUGGCCAGUCAUAUGAGGAGCAGGAUGCGGCCGCCGCACAGCCAAUUGGCGAGCUAAACACACCAACGCCCACACAACAACAACAACAGCAACAACAACAACCACAACAGCAGCAGCAGCAAUCGCAGCAACAGCAGCAACAACUGCAAUUGCCACUAGUCGCGCAUCGAAUCUCGCGAAGUCCCUCGCCUCGAGCGGUUGCUUUGCCAGCUCCGCCCGCAAUUGCUGCUACCAGCAGCAGUCAACAGCUGCAGCUACAACAACAACAACAGCAGCAGCAGCAGCACCACCAGCAACUACAGCAACAGCGAAGCUCUUCGGGUGCCAUACCAAAACGUCACAGCACCGGCGGUUCCAUAGUGCCGCGUAAUAUAUCCAUAGCCGGAAUGGCGAUGCCAUCUUCCGCAGCCAGCUCUUCCUAUAAUCUACAACAGCAGCAGCAUCAGCCGCUUUCGAUGUCGGUCAAGAAAUGGCAAUGCCCGGCUUGCACAUAUGAGAACUGUGCCGCCUCCGUUGUCUGUGACAUUUGUUCCAGUCCGCGUGGCUUGGUCAAUGCGGUGCUAACGGAUGCACUGGCACGCAAAUCGAUGCGCGUCACAUCGCUGACAGAGAUACGGCAGGAGAGCAAACUAAUGGAGAAUCUAAGGCAGCUGGAGGAGACGGAAGCGUUGACCAAAUGGCAGAAUAUCAUACAAUAUUGCCGGGAUAACAGUGAGCUCUUCGUCGACGAUUCAUUUCCGCCGGCACCGAAGAGCCUCUACUAUAAUCCAGCUAGCAGCGUUACCGAUGGCGGCAAUCCCGUUGUUCAGUGGCGUCGCCCCCACGAGAUUAAUUGCGACGGUGGCGCAUAUCCGCCAUGGGCUGUCUUUCGUACACCGCUGCCAUCGGAUAUCUGUCAGGGUGUGCUCGGUAAUUGUUGGCUACUCAGCGCAUUGGCCGUGCUCGCUGAGCGCGAAGAUCUGGUCAAGGAGGUGUUGGUAACGAAAGAGAUAUGCGCCCAGGGUGCCUACCAGGUGCGCCUCUGCAAGGAUGGCAAAUGGACAACGGUGCUUGUCGAUGAUCUGUUGCCGUGCGACAAGCGCGGCCAUUUGGUCUAUUCGCAGGCGAAACGCAAACAGCUUUGGGUGCCACUCAUCGAGAAGGCUGUGGCCAAAAUCCAUGGUUGCUAUGAGGCGCUCGUCUCUGGUCGCGCCAUUGAGGGACUCGCAACGCUAACGGGUGCGCCCUGUGAGAGCAUACCGUUGCAAGCCAGCUCACUGCCCAUGCCCAGCGAGGAUGAGCUCGAUAAGGAUCUGAUUUGGGCGCAGCUGUUGAGCUCACGCUGUGUACGCUUCCUAAUGGGCGCCAGCUGUGGCGGCGGCAACAUGAAGGUCGACGAGGAGGAGUAUCAGCAUAAAGGUCUGCGUCCCCGUCAUGCCUACUCGGUGCUGGAUGUCAAGGAUAUACAGGGACAUCGAUUGCUCAAGCUACGCAAUCCGUGGGGUCAUUAUUCGUGGCGUGGCGACUGGUCGGAUGAUUCGUCGCUGUGGACAGAUGAUUUGCGGGAUAACCUAAUGCCGCACGGCGCCUCCGAGGGCGUCUUCUGGAUCUCAUUCGAGGAUGUGCUCAACUAUUUCGAUUGCAUUGACAUAUGUAAGGUGCGCUCCGGCUGGAACGAAGUGCGUCUACAGGGCACACUCCAGCCACUAUGCUCCAUCUCGUGCGUAUUGCUCACCGUAUUGGAGCCGACGGAGGCAGAGUUCACGCUCUUCCAGGAGGGUCAACGCAACUCGGAAAAGUCGCAACGCUCUCAGCUCGAUCUGUGCGUUGUGAUUUUUCGCACCCGCUCACCGGCCGCCCCAGAAAUUGGACGCCUUGUUGAGCACAGCAAACGACAGGUGCGUGGCUUUGUUGGCUGCCACAAAAUGCUGGAGCGUGACAUCUAUUUGCUGGUCUGUCUGGCCUUCAAUCAUUGGCACACGGGCAUCGAGGAUCCGCAUCAGUAUCCCCAGUGCAUUCUGGCCAUACACAGCUCCAAGCGGCUGCUUGUCGAGCAAAUAACGCCCUCGCCCCAUCUGCUGGCCGAUGCCAUCAUCAGUCUAACGCUCACCAAAGGACAGCGCCACGAGGGACGCGAGGGCAUGACUGCCUACUAUUUGACCAAGGGAUGGGCUGGCCUGGUGGUCAUGGUGGAGAAUCGCCAUGAGAACAAGUGGAUACAUGUAAAGUGCGAUUGCCAGGAGAGCUACAAUGUGGUAUCCACGCGUGGUGAGCUCAAAACGGUCGAUUCUGUGCCGCCACUGCAGAGGCAGGUGAUCAUUGUGCUCACCCAGCUGGAGGGCAGCGGCGGUUUCAGUAUCGCCCAUCGGCUGACGCAUCGUUUGGCCAACUCACGUGGCCUCCACGAUUGGGGGCCGCCGGGCGCCACCCAUUGUCCACCUAUCGAGAAUGUGCAUGGGCUGCAUGCGCCGCGUCUGAUAACAUAAUUGAUCGAAAAGUGCAUCGUCGCUGAGGAGGAGGAGGAGGAUGGGGCAUUAGUUCAAAACCAAAAAAAUAAUAUAUAUAUAUAUAUUUAUUUAUCUAUGAGUAUUCUUUUCGCCUUUAGCCAUUAAGUUUAUAUUUUGUAAUUUUUUAUAGGUUUUUGCUGUUCAACUGCAUAGUUCACGUGCACGUUUAUUUUGAUUUUUUUUAUUUAAAAUUUUUUUGUAAUAAUUGCAUAUUCUAGUCGAUGGUUUGGUCAGCAUUAUAUGCAUAAAUACAAACUGUAUACUAUGAAAUAGUUAACGAUGCAGUAUUGAGAAGAAGAAAACAAAAACAAAACAAUUGUGAAUUAUAUAUAUACAUACAUACAGACAUACAUACAUAGUUAAACAACGGCCUGAUCCUGAA